CGGCUCUGAAUGGGUGCUCUAUGUUUUGAAUUGAAAGCAGCGUCGCCGGUGGAGCGCAAGCGCCCAGGUGCCCGGCACCAGGUGCGAUGCCGUCGAUUCAGUCGCGCAGUCGAUCUCGGUGCUGGUGGGUGUUACGACUCUCCGCGAACUGACAAUUAAAACGAGUGACGUUCCGAGUGUGGCCCGUUUGCACGGUCGAGAUUUUUCCGAUUUUCCUCCGUUUCCAACAUGUCGACGGAAAAAGUGCACGUGCCAGUGACGAAGGUCGUCGUAGACAUCGUCCUCAUACAGUUAGUUGGCUGGCCAAUUUUGUUUUUGUACUUGUGGGGAACGGCCUUCCGUAGAGGAUUUUUCUGUGAUGACGAAGACUUGAAGCAUCCAUUCCACGAGUCAACAGUACCAAGUUGGACUCUGUAUAUUACGGGAUUGGGCCUCAACGUCAUAGUGAUCAUAGUUACGGAAAUUUUGAACCCCCGAAACGAGAACAAGGAAUACAUGCUGCUUGGGUUUCGCGUGCCGAAUUGGGUCUACCACGCAUAUUGCGCUUUGGGAAUUUUCGCAUUCGGCGCUUGUUGCUCUCAACUAACCACCGACGUACUCAAAUACACGAUAGGACGUUUUCGACCUCACUUUCUGACAGUAUGCGACCCUGAUGUUUGCAAAGGCAACGCCAGUCCAAUGACGUAUCACGUGGAUUUUAACUGCACGAAUCAGAAUUACAUUAAUAACAAGAGGAUUAUGAAGGAAAUGAGGCUAUCAUUUCCAUCGGGUCAUUCGUCCUUCUCUAUGUACUGCAUGCUGUAUUUUGCCAUUUACCUUCACCGGAGAAUGUCUUGGGAUAGGACAAAGUUAUUAAAACAUACCCUGCAAUUUUUAGCAGUUUUGUAUUCACUCUUCACGGGGAUGACGCGAAUUUCGGACUACAAGCACCACUGGAGUGAUGUCUUAACUGGACUGAUUAUAGGUUCCACAACGGCUAUAAUUACGGCAAAAUUUUUUGCGUGGUUCGAAGAAAAAAGCGACAUUAAAGGCACCUACGCAGAAAUUACCCACAGCGUCUAAACAAAAAAUAACCACUAUACACCACACUUACAUUACAUGCACAACAGGCAACCUGUUUCUCAAAUCUGUUCACCAAUAAAAGAAACAACAAAGAACCCACGGAGGCCAAUGGAAGCAGUAUGGUGACCAUAUAAUUCUCAUGAACGGCUGAAACCGAUGGACCGAAUAUGUUGUGUGAAUAUUAGAUAUAAGAUCCUCCGGCGACGUUUUCGAGUAAGAAAACUUAUCUUAAUCUUCGAUGUGGUCCGAGAUAUUUCUCGGCGUUCUAAGAUUUUCAGCUUAACUCUGAACGUUGCAUUUGACCAGUACUCGCUACAAUCCAAGUAUUUUUUAUUAGUGAAAAUAUAACUGCCGAAACUGUAAUUUUAGUUUAGGGAAUUAACGGCCUAUUAAAUAUAAACCAAACAAAGUAUUUAAUCUAAUGGCAGUCAAUAAUACAGGGUAAUGCUAAGUAUAAUAACUUAUACCAGAUGAACCCUUCUUUCUUACCCUAGUAGGUAUUCCAGUAGAUGUGAUGUAUAUCAUAAAUUCUUGAACUAUAUGUGAUUAAUAUUAUACAAUAAUGUAACUAUGUAUUUAAUGUUAGCAGUACGGAAUUAAGUUUUGCUUCUUGAAAAUGUUUUUGGUAAGAUUCAAAGGCCGCCUAACUGAGAUUAUGUAUGAUGAAAUUACUUUGAAAUUGUACUCAUGGUUCUACAAUGGUCUACUUAAUAAAUAUUUGCAAUAAUUUUAUAUGUUGUUAUUGUAAAAUGCAUUUUUGUAUUAUAUUUAAAACAACUUUAAAAGUGUAUAUUUGUUUCUUGUUAGUAUUAUAGGUUUAUUUAAAAUGUACUUACGUUACUCUUAAUUUUAUGUACCUAUUGUGUGAUUGUGGUAGUAUGAAAAUCCCAUUUAACACAACUGGUGUAUAAGUACAAAAAAUGUUAUUUAUAUAUUAUGUUAAAAAAGUUAUUUUAUCGACUCUAAACGAGUAUAAAAACGUUUUGUACCUCAAAUAAGUUUUGUGAUAUUAAGAUUAUAUUUUUUAUUGAAUAAGGUGCAAUCAUAGAGGAUUAUGAUAUUAUAUUUGUGUAGCACAAUUGAUGAAUUUUAACCAAGUGAUUUUUUAUACAUAAGCCUCUGUGACUGCACUUGACUUAGAUAUAUUUAUUUAUAAAAAAAUAUUUGCCACUAAUAAAAUUUUACUUUACAAUAA